UCCUUUUUUUUCUCUCUUUCCGAUCGGCGGAUGGAGGCGGCGUUCCCGGGAAUUGAUGCCCGAAUACCGAGCCUGGCAAUCUGCGUGUGAGACAUCAGGCGGAGAAGUUUGACUGCGCAUCGUCUUGUGUGGAAUGGGAGAUGGAAUGUGCCACAGCUUUGCAAUGAGACGUCUGUGGUUCUGUGUCUUGCUUGUGAGCAUCACCUGCCGUCUGAGCCUCUCUCAGGAAGUAACUGGAACUCCUAAAGAGGCAGAAAUAAACAACAACAUCACAAUCUUCACGCGCAUCCUGGAUGGGCUGCUAGAUGGAUAUGACAACAGACUCCGCCCUGGACUUGGAGAGAAGGUGACGGAGAUCAAAACCAACAUCUUCGUCACAAGUUUUGGUCCAGUCUCUGACACCGAAAUGGAAUACACUAUAGAUGUGUUUUUCCGUCAAAGCUGGAAAGAUGAGCGGCUCUGCUUCAAAGGUCCGAUGGAAAUGCUUCCUCUGAACAACCUGCUGGCCAGCAACAUCUGGACCCCCGACACAUUCUUCCUGAACGGGAAAAAGUCAAUAGCGCACAACAUGACCACGCCAAACAAGCUGCUGCGGCUGAAAGAUGACGGUACCCUUCUCUACACAAUGAGGCUCACUAUUUCAGCAGAAUGUCCCAUGCAGCUGGAGGAUUUCCCAAUGGACGCCCACGCCUGCCCUCUGAAAUUUGGAAGCUAUGCGUAUCCGGUCUCGGAGGUGGUCUACACCUGGACUCAAGGGGCAGCUAAAUCAGUGGUGGUGGCGGAGGAAGGCUCCCGGCUCAACCAGUACCACCUAAUCGGUCAGACCGCCGGGACGGAGGACAUCUACACCAGCCGAGGGCAGUACACGGUGAUGAUGGCCCACUUUUACCUGAAGAGGAAGAUCGGCUACUUCGUCAUCCAGACCUACAUGCCUUGCUUCAUGACCGUGAUCCUGUCUCAGGUUUCCUUUUGGCUCAACCGCGAGUCUGUGCCAGCACGGACGGUUUUUGGCGUGACAACAGUACUCACCAUGACCACUCUCAGCAUCAGUGCUCGAAACUCGCUGCCCAAAGUGGCUUACGCUACCGCCAUGGACUGGUUCAUCGCCGUGUGCUACGCCUUCGUCUUCUCGGCCCUCAUCGAAUUUGCCACCGUUAAUUAUUUCACCAAAAGGAGCUGGGCCUGGGAUGGAAAGAAGGCAAUGGAAGCACAGCAGCCCAAGAAAAAAGACCCUUUGGCUCUGUCCAAGAAGCCAAACAACACCUGCUCAACUGGAGUCAACUACACCACCAACCUCACCAAGGACGCGUCCAUCUCCACCAUUUCGAACAGCACGGCCGUCCAGCUCAAGCCGUCGGAGACCAAGGCGCCGGACCCCAAAAAGACUUACAACAGCGUCAGCAAGAUUGACAAGAUGUCCAGGAUAGUGUUCCCGGUGCUGUUUGGGACCUUCAACCUGGUGUACUGGGCGACGUAUCUCAACAGGGAACCGGUGAUCAAAGGGGCGGUGUGAGCCGCACCGCGUUCAUCCGCAAGAAAGUCACUUUUGGGAUUUCAUAACUGGAGCGCAAUCAAAAACAAUGCCAAGCACUUAGUCCUUGUGUCCUAGAUGGUGUUUUUUUUCUUUUAUUUGUUUGUUUUUCAUGAGUUGACUGGAUAACAUUGCAUGUGCGUUGCUUCAGGAUAAAAAAAAAAUGCCAUGUUUGCCUUCAGUUUGUACAUGUAUGAC